ACAGUUUGACUUGGAUAGAUAUGGAACUUGGAAGACUUGAAAAAAGGAAAGAGAAUAUUCCUUUCCACGUUCAAAUAUUGUGAAGAUUACAACAAGUAGUACAACGGAGUACAAAGCCACUUUCAAAAAACUAGUAGUAAAAUAAUAAGCCACUUUUGAUGAAUGAGGUGUGGACAAGGACAACUAUGUUAUAUUAAUUUCAAAACAGCUAUGCAUGCAGGCCUCCGAUCAUGACAUUCAAAGCUCCAACAUUACCAAAAAGUGGUUUAUGACAUCAACUACAAUUCCACACUUUGACAUUUGAAACCAUCCAAAAACUACUCAACACCCAACUUAUAAAUCUGGUCCUUAGUCAUUACUACUCAUUGCUCACAAUUGCAUGGUUCCAAAUCAUUCACGCCACUAUAUAUAAUAGCUUAUAGCACAAUUUCAUUUCAUCAUUAUAAUAAGCUUCCAUCUAUAUUUCUCUUCAUUUCCAGUACUCACUCCUCCAUAACAUAUUCUAAGGCCCCAAACACCACCUUGCAAUAAGGUGAGUGCUUUUUCCCCUAUUAAAACUUUGUUACCUUAGCAUUCAUAGUUUUAUAUUGUCUUACCUGUGUUCAGUAAAGUCUGACUAAGAAUUGUUGUCGCCAGUAUUCAUAAUACUUGUCUAUGUGCUAGCUUGUUGUGUUUCCUUUUCUAUGGAGCAUCACUUAGUGUUGCUUCUUUGUUUUUCUACAUUGUUAUAUGCUUCUUCUGCAUUGAAUUUUGAGGGUUUGGCUCUAUUGUCACUCUUGAGCCACAUGAAUGUUGUUUCUCCUAUCAUAAACUCCACAUGGAAAUCCUCUGAUUCCACUCCAUGUUCUUCAUGGAAAGGAGUAGAAUGUGAUCAUGCUUUAAAUGUAAUAACUCUAAAUCUAACUGAUUAUUCAAUUUCUGGUCAAUUAGGAUCUGGAAUUGGAAAAUUAAUUCACCUUCAAACCCUAGAUUUGUCACUUAAUGAUUUCUCAGGAGAAAUUCCUUCAGAAUUAAGCAAUUGUAGUAAGCUUCAGUACAUGGAUCUUUCUUCAAACAACUUCAGUGGUGAAAUUCCUCAAUCCUUGUUUCAACUUAAUCAUUUGACAGAUUUGUAUCUCUUCAAUAAUAUCUUAAGUGGUUCAAUUCCUGCUAAUAUUGGAAAUUGUAGUCAAUUGAGUUCCGUAAUUUUGGACUCGAAUCGAUUGGAUGGAGUUCUUCCUGAGAGUCUAAACGAUCUAAAAGAACUUAUUUACCUAAGCCUCAAUAGUAAUAAUCUUGGAGGUACCAUUCAAUUCGGGUUGAAAAAUUGCAAAAACUUAAAUAUUCUGAGUCUUUCAGACAAUAAAUUUAUUGGUAGUAUUCCAUCAAGUUUAGGGAAUUGUAGUGGUCUAACAGAAUUCUAUGCCUCAUUUAAUAACUUAGAGGGUAGCAUACCAUCAAGUUUAGGUUUACUUCACAACCUUACUAAUCUACUGAUUCCGAACAAUCUUUUGUCUGGGAAUAUACCUCCACAGAUUGGUAAUUGUAAGUCAUUGAAACUGUUACAUUUGUAUUUCAAUGAACUUGAGGGGGAAAUUCCUAGUGAGUUGGGAAAGUUGAGUAAAUUACUCGAGCUUCAAUUGUUCCAAAACCAUUUGGUAGGUGAAAUUCCACUUAGCAUAUGGAAAAUUCAAAGCCUUGAGCAUGUCCUUGUGUAUAAUAAUAGUCUAUACGGGGAGCUACCUUUAGAGAUGACCGAGCUCAAAAAUCUCAAGAACAUCUCAUUGUUUAACAACCGAUUCUCGGGAGUUAUACCUCAAAGCUUAGGAAUUAAUAGCAGUUUGGUGUGGUUGGAUUUUACGUUUAACAUGUUCAAUGGUACACUUCCACCAAAUCUUUGUUUUGGAAAGCAAUUAGAAUUGCUGGAUAUGGGUGGUAAUCAAUUUAUUGGAAGCAUACCUUCUGAUGUAGGAAGGUGUACAACUCUCACAAGGGUGAGACUCGAGGAUAAUAAUUUUUCCGGGCGUCUUCCUGAUUUUGAAAAGAAUCCAAAUUUCUCGUUCAUGAGCCUCAGAAACAACAGUAUCAACGGAACAAUUCCGUCAAGUUUGAGUAACUGCACAAAUCUCUCUCUCUUAGAUUUGUCCACAAACAGCUUAACGGGUUUUGUACCCUUAGAGCUUGGAAACCUUGUGAAUCUUCAGAGUUUGGAUCUUUCUUUCAAUAAUUUGGAAGGUCCUUUGCCACCUCAACUUUCAAAGUGUACCAAAAUGAUUAGUUUUGAUGUGGGAUUCAAUUUCCUUAAUGGUUCGUUUCCAUCGAGUUUUCGGAGCUGGACAGCAUUAGCCACUUUAAUUCUUAGUGAGAAUAAUUUUAGUGAGGGAAUCCCAACUUUCUUGUCAGAAUUUGAAAAUCUCAAUGACUUAAAACUUGGUGGAAAUAACUUUGGAGGAAAUAUUCCGAAAUCAAUUGGAGAAUUGCAGAGUUUGUCAUAUGAUUUGAAUCUAAGUGCUAAUGGACUAGUAGGUGAGCUCCCUAGGGAGAUAGGAAACCUGAAGAGUCUGGUAAACCUGGAUCUAUCUUGGAACAAUUUGACAGGAAGCAUACAAGUUCUCGACGAGCUAAGUUCAUUAUCCGAACUGAACAUCUCAUACAAUUCUUUAGAAGGUUCAGUAUCACAAAAACUGACGAACUUAUCGAAUUCUUCUUCAUCAUUUUUGGGCAAUCCGGGCCUGUGUGUUAGCCUUUUGUUAUCCAAUGGCUUGAAUUUCUCAAGAAGUAGCCAUUUAAAGCUAUGUAAUCAAGAUGCCGUAAAAUCAAAAGGUCACAGUAAACUUGCAAUUGUGAUGAUAGCACUUGGAUCCUCGAUAUUUGUGGUGCUCUUGCUAGGACUAAUUUAUAUAUUUUUAGUCAGAAAGUCUAAACAGGAAGCCAUCGUCACCGAAGAAAAUGACCUUCUCAAGAAAGUGAUGAAAGCUACAGAGAAUCUAAAUGAUGAGUAUAUUAUAGGCAGAGGUGCUGAAGGAGUUGUUUACAAAGCUGUAAUAGGUCCAGACAAUAUUUUGGCAGUGAAGAAACUUGUAUUUGGCGAGAACGAACGAAAACGCUUAAGCAUGUUAAGAGAAAUCAAAACACUUUCACAGAUUAGGCAUAGAAAUUUGGUGAGACUUGAAGGUGUUUGGUUGAGAGAAAACUAUGGUCUAAUCUCAUACAAAUACAUGCCAAAUGGAAGCCUUUAUGAAGUUUUGCACGAGAAGAAUCCACCGCAAUCGUUAAAAUGGAAUGUCAGGAAUAAGAUAGCUGUUGGAAUUGCUCAAGGAUUGGCUUAUCUUCAUUAUGACUGUGAUCCUGUCAUAGUUCAUAGAGACAUCAAAACAAGCAACAUACUUUUAGAUUCUGACAUGGAGCCUCAUAUUGCUGAUUUCGGCCUAGCUAAGCUUUUGGAUCAGUCUUCUAGUUCUACCUCAACACAGUCAAUAAAUGUUUCUGGUACACUCGGUUACAUCGCACCAGAGAAUGCAUAUACAACUGUAAUGGGAAAGGAAUCUGAUGUAUACAGUUAUGGGGUGGUUUUGCUUGAGUUGAUAUCAAGAAAGAAGGCAAUAGAUUCAUCAUUUAUGGAAGGAAUGGAUAUUGUUUCUUGGGUGAGAUCAUUGUGGGAGGAAACAGGAGUUGUUGAUGAAAUUGUUGAUUCAGAACUUGCCAAUGAAAUUUCUAGAUAUAAUUCAAAUGUGAUGAAGGAAGUAACCAAGGUGCUUUUGGUGGCUUUCAAAUGUACAGAAAGGGAUCCACGUAGGAGACCUACAAUGAGAGAAGUUAUCAAGAAUUUGUAGAUAAUGCACACAUCAAAUAUAUAGUUUUAGUUUUCUUAAGGCUUAUACAGCUUGUAAAUCAUGGCAACUUAUUAUAUGCUAUAAUUGUUUGUUUGUUUUUCCCUACUUUAGUGUGCAAAGUUUUGUAUUUUGUUUUCCUAGAUUCUUACACUUGAUGUAAAAUUAUUUGACACAAUGAGACACUCAAUGUUACAAUCUCUCUUAGUCGGAAUUUAAAUUUUAGUUUGUCACGUUGUAGAGUCUAGCUCAUUCCACUUGA